AUGUUUGACAAGGCCGACGAUGAGCUACAGAUUUUGUUAGAGAUGUUCAAGUACCUCUUACUAGGCGCUAAUGGAGUUCUCUUUAUUAUUGCAGUCUUCGUAUUCUUUACAUCAUCUACAUGUGAAAGUGCCACGUCUUUAUCGACUCCUGUUCAAUUGAAACGGGCAUUACUCGUCACUGCACAUCCCGAUGACGAAAGCAUGUUCUUCCUACCUUUGCUGCAUUCGCUACAAAAGAGACAGAAAAAUAGCACUGACAAGUGGCAGACACACUUAUUGUGUCUUUCUCGGGGUAAUUUUGAUGGACUGGGCAGUAUCCGAGAAAAGGAACUUAAAGCUUGUGCCACGUACAUUGGAUUGUCACUGGAACAUGUCCAAGCUUUAGAAGAUCCCAAGCUUCAAGAUGGUAUGGAAAAUCAAUGGGAGGUGGCCCAUAUUGCUGUUAUUGUAGCAGAUUAUGUGCAAAAGAACGAGAUUGAUGCGGUCUUUACUUUUGAUGACUAUGGAGUGUCGGGUCAUCCAAACCACAUUGCUACAUACAACGGUGUGAAACAAGCUAUUUGUGAGCAACAGGAGAAGUGCAAUACUCUUACAGCUGAGGAUGGAAAAGAGACAAAAGCUGUUCGAGGAUGGGCUUUGGAAAGCACGACUAUUGUACGCAAGUACGUGGGGCUGCUCGAUACGGCAUUGUUGUUUUGGUUGUCACGCCAGCGAGAAGACGAACGACAAUUCGUGUUUGUCUUUAAGCCGCUGUGGAACUACAAUGCGAUGGCACUGCAUCAAAGUCAAUUUGUCUGGUACCGCCGCCUCUUCGUAGCCUUCUCGCGCUACACAUUCAUCAACACCUUCCGUCCGCUGCUGUCAAUUGGCAGUGCUGAGCUUUCGGCAGCGCACAAAAAGACGCAGUAA